AUGAAGCUCGAUAUCUCCACUGACCUCGGCACUGCGCCCCGUCGCCCGCGGCGCCAAAUAGACCCAAUUGUUGCUCUUUAUGCGACUGCGUUGAUAGCAUUUCCUGCGUUCUUAUCUGUAGCUUUCUUGUGGCCGGACUUCCGAUGGGGACUGGGUGGCAAAGCGAACUACUGGAACGGCACCAACACAGACAAAACAAUAUCUCUUGGGAUUGUCAAAGUUCCCGCCAAAGUUCCCGUCUCCGAUCCCAGGUAUGGCGGGCCGAUCCUCAUCAAUCCCGGCGGACCGGGUGGCUCAGGGACUGGAUUUGUUGCGGCUGCCGGUCUCUCUCUUCAGACACUUGUCGACUCAGCAGAAGAUCCGGCUGUCACCACCGAGAAGGAUUCGAAAGCGAAGUACUAUGACAUUAUCGGUUUCGACCCUCGUGGCGUCGGCGAGACUAAACCCGGUGCAUCCUGCUUCACAGAUGAUGCCUCGAGCUGGUUAUGGCUUCUUCGCGAGACAGAGGAAGGCAUCUUUGGCAGUUCCGAUGCCGCGCUGGGACGGUUGUGGGCCAUGAACCAAGCUCUAGGCACCUCUUGCUCUCAUAAAUCCGAGUCAGGUGACGAUAUCAAGAAGUUUUUAACCACGGCCUCUGUAGCCCGCGACAUGCUAGAGAUUAUAGAGAAGCAUGACGAGUGGAAGUUCUACGAAACUCAGCGAAUCUCGAAAGAAAUCGUUGAUGCAGCCGUCAAACGCAGCCGCAAGACCAGUUACUGCGCCCUCCCCUCCACGCCCGACUACGUCCCCUAUGUCCGCGGCACCGCAAAGCUUCAGUAUUGGGGCUUCUCCUACGGUUCCUUCCUGGGAAACACCUUCGCGUCUAUGUAUCCAUCUCGUGUCGGUCGCGUCAUCCUCGACGGCGUUGUCGAUGCUGAAGACUACCUCCAAACCCUCUGGACCGACAACCUCAACGACACCGAGAAAGUAAUGACCCACUUCUACACCACCUGCGCCGCAAUCGGCUUCGAGAAGUGUGCCCUCGCAGCCCCCAACGCCACAGCCGCAGAUGUCGCGAAACGGCUCGCGACCAUCGUAGACUCCCUCUACCACAAACCCCUCCCCGUCCCCGGCGACACGCCAGAAGUCAUAACCUACAGCGAUGCCCGCUGGCUCCUUUUCCUCAUGCUCUACAGCCCCCUCGCCACCUUCCCUCUCGUCGCCGACCUCAUGUCCGCCCUCGAGGGCCGCGACGGCACCCAAUUCGCUGAAUUAAUCACCCCAGCGCACCACUUCUCGUGCGCCCGCAACGGCUCCGACUCCGUCGUUUACGAGCACCAGGACGCGGCGCAGUACGCUAUCAUGUGCUCGGACGGCGAUUCGCAGACCUGGAUGACCUCCAAAGACUUCGAAGCCUACGCCAACGAGCUCGUGGCCCUGAGCCCAGCCAUCGGUGCCAUCUGGAUUUCGAGGGCCGAUGGGUGGGAAGACGUCGCACCCUGUUUGUGGAUUGGGAAUACGGCGGAUCCGGUCACGCCCUUGACGAACGCGUUUGAGAUGGCGAAUUUGUUUGAGGGGAGUGGGGUGUUGACGCAGGAGUCGGCUGGGCAUUGCUCUAUCUCAACACCCUCUCUAUGUACGGUCGGCCAUCUCCGUGCGUAUCUUCAUGAGGGUGUCCUGCCGCCGCCAGACACGAUCUGUGCACCCAGCGAGCUGCCAUUUGGUGCUGAACUUCCUCCUUCGUCAGCAGCAGCGUCGGAGGUCCUCCCCUUGCUCGAAGUAGAGCCUGAGCUACGAGAAGCAGCGAGGGUCAAGCUGCUAGCGGCCCAACAGCAACUCAGCGGAGCUUGGUCCUUUGGUCCAUGGGGACUGGGCAAGGGCGCUGGGAUGGGUAUGGGAAAGGCAGAGGGUUGGUUGUUGAAGCUGCAAGAGGCGAGGGGUCUGUAAUGGAGAGAAGUUCUGGUAUGCAUUUAUGAAAGGUCUUACUCAGGUUGUCUGAGACUUCGUGGUUUACGAAUGAUGUUAUCAUGGAAUCGGUGGCGUUGAGCGUCCCUCAUAGCAGGUUCAGCAUUGGAGAGCAGAAUUUUCAUGAAAGUCACGUGGUCUAUCUUAUUCAAUCAUCAAAUGCAAUUCCCUAUCUCC